AAAAUUGUCUAUGUUUAACAUCAACAAAAUAAAAAGCACCACGAGCACCAUUUACCGAUAUAAUAAAAAAUUAUAAUACUAUUAUAAGAGAAAUGUCUAGAGAUAAAAGCGUGUGGUUCGCUGAAGAAAUUCUAUUGGAUGCCAAACUUAUCAAUUUCCAAUUAGAAACCGGAGAAUGGGAUGCUGUGGAGGAAAUGUUACGCGCUGAAGCGCAGCUUUCCAGAGAUGCUGAAACAGGGAGAUUGCGACCUAAAAAAGCAUCGGAAUACACUCUACGUCUUAUAGCCGAAGUAUUGCAUAUAAUGAGGUUGGACGUCGAACAGGCUUCAUACAACCGCAGUACGUUAGCUGUAGCAGAACAAUGUCUACGCCUAGUUCGCUCCUGCGCUGCAGCGGGCACUAAAAUGCAAACAUACAUAUCCAAAGAGCUAUCAAUCCUCGACUCCAUGUUUAUAUUAGCCACAGAAUACCAACAUCCCAGCGUCGACAUAAUAAAUGAGGAACUGCAGAAAAAAUAUGAAUCCUGUAUGACAAUUCUGAUACAAAGUUUGGGGAAUUUAGUCGUUAACAAUCCUUUCAACCAAAUAAUGAUAUGGACCAAGUUUGACACGAUAAUACUUAAUUCUCUUAUUGGGCACAGUGAGAAAAUAGCUUCUGCCGCUGCGAUGAUAAUCUACAACAUACUGUUGGGUCAACCUAAUGUUUUACCAGAUGAUAUAGCAUUAUUAAACUCUCUAGCAUACAUGUAUAUUAAUGGUAAUUCAGAAUACCCACAUUUGAUUAUAGAAUACUUGAUCGGCGUCGAGAAUACCUAUAUAGAGAAAUUAUAUUCUAAACUCGAUCCUGACUGUCGAAUGCUUGUACUAAACUUGGCGUAUAACAUCCUAAUGUCUACAGAGACUCAGGACAUCAAUGUGUCUGUAAAUUUUGUGAAAUUCAUGGCACACGAGUUUAAAAGUAAAUCAGAUUGUAUAUUGAAAACUGUAGAUAAAUAUGUAAACAGUAUCGAGCCACAGGAGGUUGUGUUUCUACUGGAGAUCAUAGCUACAGCAUCCAGUAUGGAUACCUUUAUGGAUUGUUUGCAGAGUGAUACAUCUCUGUUUAUUAAUUGUGCUUUUCUCCUGCGUGCAAUUCACAAGCUCGGCAAAGAGAGCAACAAUUUCUUCUCAUCUAUCAACAAGCUGUACGCAGCCACAGGCAAGCAGCUAGUCAAUGACGAGGAUAUGCCUGCCGUCAACGUGCCGCAUGAGAAUCCACUGUGCAAGAACGAUUCAGCUGACAACAUGCUAUCAUGCAACGAAACGACAUCAGAAUGCACCGAAUCCGAAAGCAGCGAACAAUAUUUCGAAUGCACCGACAAUCCACCGUACAUUGAGAAACUUGACAACUUCAACCCACUAGAAAACAUACCAUUAAAAUUCGAUAUGCACGACAAAAGUGUACGUAGUUCCUCCGAAGGGAUAUCAAACGCUAAAAUAGACAAUGAUCUAACUAAAGUUGCCUUCAAAAGAAGCAGUUCAGUCCCAAAAGGCGAUGAAAGGAUCCAUCUACCAACGAGAAGAAUAAGUCUAGAACAUAAAAUUGAUAUCUGUGAUGAUAACGAACCUCCAUUGAUAAUUGAUGCUCAAUCUCCAACAGCCAGUAUGAAUACAAUAGCCGAAGUCAUCCCAGUAGGGUUACAACCUAGAUUGGAGUUGCAAGACUCUUCGAGAGCCGAUUCCCAAGAUAGUUCCCCCGAUCCACCAACAGAAAUACACGUACCCAAAGUGGAAGCACCAAAAGAAGUGAAAGCGUCCCCCAGUGAAAUAUCACCACCUCUAGCUGAAACGUUACAAGAAACAGAGUCUCAAAAACAAUCCCCUGACACUCCGAAAGAGGUUAAAAAGAGUCAGAAUUUAUCAACAGAUUUCGAUUUGAGUGAACAGUUGCAGAAGAUUCUGGGAAUCUCGUCGGAGAAAGCGAGAGCUGACAGCAAUGCUGAGAAGAAAGCUGAGCCUGUCAAAGAAGUGAAGAUAUCUGAGGAAAACAUUACCAAUAAAGUGCCCUUCGUGAAGAUUGAUUCACCGGAGAGUCAAAAGACUAGAUUGGGUGCUAUCGACAUGUCAACACCAAAAAAGGCAGUAACCAGUGUGGAGACUGUGGAGAGGCACGUGGCAUUUGGAUUUAAGGCCUCGCUUGUGAGGACUCUGGCCAACCUCUGCUGGAAGAACCAGGAGAACAAGCGACAGAUGCGAGAGCUGGAUGUGAUCCCGGUGCUGCUUGACUGCUGCAACAUCGACGCGCGCAAUCCUUUAAUUAUGCAAUGGGUAAUCUUUGCUGUGAGGAACCUCUGUGAAAACUGUCCAGAAAAUCAGGAGGUGAUUUCAAGAAUGACGCUCCAAGGGCCCAUAGACAAUGAAGUGUUACAAGAGAUGGGUCUCACUCUGCACACAGAUAAUCAAGGAAACCAUAUAAAAAUAGUGCCUUUGCCAAGAAGUUAAACUACCAAGUGCCUGUUGAUAAAGCAAUUAAAUAUUUAUGGUGAAGUUAGAAUGCCUCUGCUGGCACCCUGUGCUUUUAAUAUAAUAUCUUUCCUUUUGCUUUCCAGUAUGCCUAACGUCUCUUUGACAUUGGCAUUAUGAUGUUCAUAAUAUAUACUAUUAUUGUGAAUCGCUGCAAAUUUUCAUGAAUGAAAUGAACUGUCACCCGUACCAUGCUACAGGGCACAAGCUGUAGGCAGCGUGCAUCAUCGUGAUAUAAUCGUGUAUAUCCUAGGACUUAUCAAAUAUAGGCUAAAUAAAAUAAUGGAACACA